CGAAAAUUCUUCGUAGUCAAAGCCCAAACCAAAAGCAGCUAUUGGAGGGUCGGAAACAGCGGCAAGUAUGGCUCUGUUGACAUUGUUGAACUCAUUGCUUCCCCCGAGUUAUCGUCAUCAUCAUUUGGGCGGACGCGACAGCAGCUGCUAUUUUUUCCCGUGGAUUCUCUCCGUUUCGUUACCUCAGCCUAACGAUGCAGAAGGAAAAUUUUGGUGCAAAGCUGGAUACAAUCCUAAUCAUUCCCCCAAUAUCUCUCCGCCGAUAGGCAAUGGAAACGCCGUGCGGGGACAAGCUUCAAAUUUAGCAGAAGAAGGCGAUGAUGAAUUAGAAUUUCAAGUGUUGACGGCCGUGAGAAGCAAUUAUAACGAUAUAGUAAUUUUGGACACUCCAAAAUCAAGAAUGCUGCUCCUCGACUCCAGUC